UCGUUCGAAAAUUUUGUGAAAAACCCUUUUUCCUUCCAGUUACCUUGGAAAUAUUUACCUUUGAUUUGGAGAAGUUCUUCUCAAUACCUCGAACCUAAGCCGGCCCUGGCCGGGUGUAGCUACGCGAAGUGGUGGCCGAGCACGCAUGUCUGUGCUGAGAGACGUGAAGCUAGUGCACGGCCGACCGUUGACUCGUACGUGACCUGCAGCCGCCAUCACCGAACGCCAAACUCAUCAUGCCA